AGUUUUUGAGUGUACUUUGUGACUGCUGGGAUUCGAGCCCAGGUCUCCACGGCCACAACGUGGAAUUCUCACCACUAAACUACAGCCACAUUCAGUCACUAAGACAUAUAUUUAACUUGAUAAUCUUAAUUUAUUAUUUAUAAGAAAAAACUCACACUUAUUUCAUAAUAAUUAACUAAGUAAUUUUAUCAAAAAGAUUCUCAUAAGUGACAUAACCCCAUUUUUAGGGUUCCAAGAACAGAGGAAGAAGGGAAUGCUGGGGAAGAGAUGGGUGAUGCUGGUAGCUGGGCUGUGGAUCCAAUUCACCGCUGGUUCCCCCUACGUCUUCGGCCUCUACUCCGAAUCCCUCAAGCGCGCGCUCGGCUACACGCAAACCCAGCUCGACACCAUCGCCUUCUUCAAGGGAAUCGGCGCCAACGUUGGCAUCCAUGCCGGAUUGCUCUACCUGCUUGUCCCGCCCUGGGCGAUCCUGGCAAUUGGAUCGCUCCUCAACCUCGUCGGCUAUCUGUCCAUCUGGCUCGCCGCCGCUGGAAAGCUCGGGCGCGUGGAUUUCUGGCAAGUCUGCGUGUUCAUGCUCCUCGCCGCCAAUGCGCAAACCUUUCUCAACACCGCGGUGGUGGUCACCUCGGUGGCGAAUUUCCCGAGCAGCCGAGGCACAGUGGUCGGCCUCAUGAAGGGUGGCCUGGGAUUGAGUGGCGCGGUUCUUACGCUGAUCUUUAGAACACUCCGUACAAGAGAUCAAGUCUCGUACACUCUCUUCGCGGCUCUAGUCCCAUCUCUGGCCUCUCUCUUGCUCAUGUUUCUCAUCCGGCCACUGCCAGUAGCAAUCGAUCGAUUCGAAACGACCAACUUACACAAGAUCUCCGGGAUCAUCGUGGCUAUCGCGUUUCUCCUCGUCCCAAUCUCGAUAGCUUCUCCAAACCAAGCGCUAGCGAUGGACUUCUCAGCUCUCCUCAUUCUCCUCCUCCUCGCAUCGCCCCUCCUCGUUGCAUUGCGAGCCGAGCUCACGGCCGAGGAAGACCACUCCACCCAAGAGCAAGCCAGGCUCUUGGAACCCGAGGAUCCGCCAAGAUCAUCCCGCAAGCCUGACUUGCAACUCGGCCAGGAAUUCACGCUCGCCCAGGCGCUAUCAUCGCUGGAGUUUUGGCUGCUCUUCGUCGCGGCGUUCUGUGGCAUGGGAACCGGGCUCACCACCAUCGACAACGUCAACCAGCUCGGCCUCUCGCUUGGCCACUCCAAGCGCGACAUCUCGAUCGUUGUCUCGCUCAUGAGCGUCUGGAACUUCCUGGGCCGGUUUCUAGCUGGACUGAUCUCGGACAAGUUCCUCCACUCGCAGGGCUUCCCACGGCCGGCUUUCAUCGCCAUCGCUCUGGGAGCACAGUCUCUGGGCCAUCUCGUCGUCGCCAUGGCUCUUCCGGGAGCUCUCUACGUUGGAACUCUGGCGAUUCUUCUCGGCUAUGGCGCGCACUGGUCUCUCAUGCCCGCCACCGUCUCGGAGAUCUUCGGGCUGGGACGAUUUGGAGCGCUCUUCAACACGCUCACGGUGGCCAGCCCGCUGGGAUCUUACGUCUUCUCGGUCCAAGUUGCGGGUUCUUUCUACGAUAGGGAGGCCCGAGAGCAAGGAUCUUCCAGCUGCUAUGGUUCUCACUGCUUCAUGGCCACCUUUCUCAUUCUCGCUGGAGUUUGCGUCUUUGGGUGCCUGACCACGCUGGUGAUGGUCGCGACGACGAGAGAGUUUUAUAAAACCCAAGCCUUCGAGAACUCGAGAGAAAGAAUAUAGCUAUAUAAAAAGCAUCAUCGAUCGAUCAAGAGUCAGUUUUUGGACGAAAACUUAGCUCGACAAUCGCGCUCCCACAUCUAAAAGCUA